AUGUCGUCUGACUGGGCAACUUCCUCUUCUGAGGUUUCAACCCCUCCCGUCAACCAGUUGCGCUUCCUUGGUGACUAUGUGCUCCAACGAACAAUCAGCAAGGGAGCCGGGGCCAUGGUGAGCUUGGCCCGGCAUGUGCCAACUACCACUGAGGUGGUUAUAAAAGGGAUUAGUCGGAAGGGCUGUCCUGAGUUCCCUCAAGAAGCCCAUUGCCUCCAAACCUUAAAUCAUCCUAACAUCACUUCAUUAUUUGAAGUAAUUGCCACCCAGGACAAGGUUUACUUGGUGAUGGAGCACGUGAGGGGAGGGGACCUAGGAGAGUACCUGGAGACCUAUGGCCGCAUGACGGAGCAAGAAGCGCGCGCUGCGUUCCGGCAGCUGGUGUCUGCGCUCCAGUAUUGCCACCACAGGGGCAUCGCCCACCGGGACCUGAAGCCCGCCAACAUCUUAUUAGAGACUAAUGGCCUCAUGAAACUGGCCGACUUCGGUUUUGCCAAAGAAACGAAGGGCCAAAAUCUGAGCACCUUCUGCGGCACCAUCUACUACAUGGCCCCCGAGAUCUUCAAACAUCAAGACUACGACGGCUGCAAAGCGGACAUCUGGAGCUUGGGGGUGACGUUGUACAAAACGGUGACGGGAAAGUUGCCAUUCAAGGGAGCCAACAUUGUGAGGCAGAGGGAGAAGAUCCUGGCGGGGAAGUUCGAAGUGCCGCACUUCCUGAGCAGGAAAGGUCAAAGUUUUUUAAAACGACUAAUUACUGUGGACCCCAACCAGAGGCCGACCAUGGAAGAGGUCAUGGAGGACCCCUGGCUCAACAUGGGCCAGGAGGAGGAGCCGCUGCGGCCCUACAUCGAGCCACCCCAGGAGGACUUGGACCCCCGUGUCACAGAAAUGAUGCUGGACCUGGGCUUCAACCAGGAAGAGAUCGAGCAUUCAGUGAAGCAGAGGACAUUUAAUAAAGUGAUGGGGACAUACAGGAUCCUGAGGGAGACCCAGACCAAGAUGCCCAGCCGCACCAUCCGGGUAAGGCCCUACCCCUCCCUUGAGGCCAGGAGGAUUUUCUCCAGCCAGGAGGUGGGUGAGUCAUUUGAAGGAAAAACAGAACAACCUUCCAAUCCCAUAGACAGCCCGGGGUCUAAGGUGACCACUCCCCCACCCAACCUGGUGGAAACCAUAUCCACCACUCCCCCAGCCGACCCCAUUGAGUUCAUGACAGCUACCCCCAGCCCAGUCCUGCAGCGCGGCUCUGAGGGCUCCCCCGCCAUGCGCAACAGCCGCAGCAGCAGCAUUAUCAGCAGCCGGGGAGCCCCAGGGGGAGCUGCCCAUGAUCUGGGCCUCCACACUGGGCAGGCUGAGGAGGAGAGCAAUGACCUAGACUACCCGGGGUCGAACGUGACCACUCCCCCAGGCAGCCUGGUGGAAACCAUACCCACCACUCCCCCAGCUGACCCCCCUGAGUUCAGGACAGCUACCCCCAGCCCAGUCCUGAAGCGCGGCCGUAGGGGCUCCCCGACCAUGCGCAACAAAAGCCACAGGAGCAACAUCAGCAGGGCUGUUCAAGAGAAGGUGACCCCGCGGUCCCCUCAGGCUCUCCAAGAGAAGGCGAUCCAGUUGUCCGCUGAUGCUGUCCAAGAGAAGGGGACCCAGAAUUCCUCCGGCGCUGUUCAAGAGAAGGCGAUUCAGAGGUCCCCCGACGCUGUCCAAGAGAUGGCGACCCAGUGGUCCCCCGACGCUGUCAGGGAGGCGAUGACUCAGCGUUCCCCGUCGCUGUUUGGGAGGCAGUGA